AUGGCGUUUCGUAACUUUGCAAGUCUUCCGUUGGAACUUCAGAUUAAGAUAUGGCAGACUUACACGCACCCUGGACCGGCCAUGCACAUCUUUGAUGUGUGCUAUCCCUCAUGGAAAGGCGAUAAACGUGCCGAAAGAGCAUUCCAGACGAGGAGAAACGAUAAACAAGGAGAAGCGAAGUUCAAUGAUUAUAAAAAGAAGGUGUUCCUCGAUCGUAUGGAUACCAGCAGUUCAAAAGGCGUGUUUGAUCCAAGCAUGUAUCAUGCGACUGCGAUGUCAAGACUAGUCAGUCGUCUCACAGACCAAACCGUCAGGGAAACCGAGGCUAGACAAGAUAUGAACGAGAUCUAUCUUGCUGGCCGAGGUCAAAGAAUCUCCGUCCCUGCGUCGGAUGUCCUCAUGUUGCGCAUUCGCCAAGAGCCAUUCGACCACCAUGAUCUGGUCACUGAGACACUACUCUGUCCACCACCCAUCAAGGACAUCCUCGAGAAUCAAUGGUCACCCGAGAUAGCGUCGGUCCUGCGGGGCGCAAAGAAGAUAGCAAUCGACGUGGGUGAGACUUGGGCGACAGGAUUGUACGGCGAGUUGGGUCUUGAGGAGAUCGCCUUCUUUGCGUGCACGAUCCAGAAAGACCUUGAGGUGCUGUACCUGGUAGAUGAGUGCACAGGGCGGUGUCAAAAAUGCGGAAGACACAAAGUCAAAAUGGAAGACAUCCUAAAGCGCGAUACCUUGUGGAAAGGUCUACGGACGAAGAAUACCGACGACCAAGAUCGACCAGGAGACAUCAUCAACGCUGUCUCGAGACGCUAUGUCGAGGCCACGAAUCUGACAGCGCUGGGGUGGGACGAGGAACACCCGUCAUACCUCUUUGCAUGUUUGAUUGACACCGCUAUCAAGACCCAACAAGAGGGUGCGGACAGAGGCAAGUUCAAGGGUGUCAGAGUAUUGGUAGUAGAAGAUGAGUGA